UUAUCUUUAACCUUUGUCUCUGUUAUAUUUUUUUGUAUUCAAACUUGUCACUUCAGUUUUUUUUUUAAAGAAGAUAAAUUUCACUUUCUAAAGCUUAAAUCAAGUCAUGGAUGAAGUCUCGCCUUUUUUGCUUAAAAAUUUCCCAAUCGGUUCGCUUUAUUUCAAAUCAGACUGGAUCGUUUGAGCGAGUUGAUGAACAUUAACAAGGAAGUAUUUUUUGGUAUGGAAUAAGAGAUGAGGGUGAGUUUGCCGAGGACAAUUCUUGUGAUAAGUGUGACGAUUCUGGUAUUGGUACUGUAUUUUGUAGUCAGGAAGCUUGAGAAGGCUAACUACACCCAGACUUGCAAUCAUUCUGAAAAGUUUCACCAAGGCUUGCACAACUUGGCCGGCAGGGCACACUCUGUACUUUUGAGUGUUGGCCUGACGCAUUUCUUAUGCUAUGGUUCGCUGUGGGGACAGCUAAGGCUUUCCAAAUCCCUCCCUUGGGAAGCAGACGUCGAGUUCUGUCUUCUCAACGAAGAGAUAAUAACCAAAGAUGAAGUCUACUUUGCAAGGACAUUUAGAAACAAAGAGAUGCAGAUCGAUUACGACUCGACGGAGGGUGUCUACUCUGUUACGGAUUCAAAACUCCCUGGGGCUAAGGUUCAGUUAAUUGUUUUUGAAAAAGAUCCUAUGAUCAACAUGUUGAGACGUGUUGGCUGGAAGAGAAGAGUCCUACCUCCUGACUGUGAAUCAUUGCGCUCUUUAAACUGCUUUCCUCCUAGAUUGGCUGAACCGCCUCUUCCUAAAAAAGAAUUCGGAGGGUACAUAAUGCCAGUGCCUAGGGAAGGCAUAGAAAUUCAAAAAUACCAUUACCCGACCAACUGGUGGAAAGAAAUUUUACCCAAAAAUUGUUAAACUUUAAUGAUUGGGUUUUAUUUAACAAUCUUUCAAGUACAAACAUUAAUUAUUUUACAGCAACAAGAUGCAGAAUCAUGAGUGAAAGGACAUUUUUGCAUUUGUUUCAGCUCAAAUCGUUUUAGCCUUUGUUCAAUAUGUAGAAUUUUUUCACAAAUCUCUUGAAUUAAAAAAACAAAAAAUACAUUGUGUGCAUUUAACAUGUUCUAAGCAAAGUUCCUUGGCUUUUUUCUAGUCGUUUUUAAAUGGUUUUGUUUGUACCUGAUUGCUGAAAAUAUUUAGUCAUGUUAUGUUAUGUAUAGCUUUAUGUAUGCUUUAAUGUAUAGCAAAUACGUGCCUGAUUGUAUGUGUUGGAAUUUUAUACAAUCCUACUUUUGUAUUAUUAUAUUAACUGUGUACAAUUAAAUUAUGUUUUAAA